GAUCUCAGUGAGCAGGCGAGAUGCUGGUGUAGUGUAGUGUCCAAAAGGUAUCCGUGAUUGAUUUGAGACAGCGUCGUUAUUUGUUUGUAGUGGUAGAAAUGGUGGUGAAAAGUGAUUUCCGGGAAUAAGUGAACCAUCCAGAAGCUGUCCUCAUUAUGGUGUCGUGGAUAAUUUCCAGGAUGGUGGUCCUGGCCUUUGGGACCCUCUAUCCAGCCUAUUCCUCCUAUAAGGCAGUCAAGACGAAAAACGUCAAGGAGUAUGUCAAAUGGAUGAUGUACUGGAUAGUGUUUGCGCUCUUUACCACAGCAGAGACAAUCACGGAUAUGGUUCUGUCCUGGUUUCCUUUUUAUUUUGAGCUGAAGAUUGCUUUUGUCAUCUGGCUGCUGUCACCGUACACCAAAGGCUCCAGCGUCUUGUACCGCAAGUUUGUGCAUCCCACGCUGUCCAACAAAGAAAAGGAGAUUGACGAGUAUAUCGCCCAGGCAAAGGACCGUAGCUAUGAGACUAUGAUGCGCUUUGGAAAGAGGGGGCUGAAUAUCGCAGCCACAGCAGCAGUCACUGCAGCUGCCAAGGGUCAGGGUGUGUUGUCGGAGAAGCUGCGCAGUUUCAGUCUGCAGGAUCUGACACUCAUUCAGAACGAGGAGGAGCUGCUGGAUGACGACACCCGCACUGCUGCUACACUGCCCCGUGCUAAAACACGUUCAGUACGGGCCACGUCUAUACCGGCAGACAGCGAAUCGCAGCUCAGUUCCCGGUCCGACGGUGACCAAUCAGAUAGCAGAAUGGAGCACUCGGAUGAGGACAUUGCUGACAAAGUGCCCAAGCGAACGGCCAGCAUGAGAGCAGCGAAGAAACCAGCCGCUGCAAAGACGGAGACAGUUAAGACUGUGAAGAAGCAGCCAAAGAAAAAGAGCACCACCAUGACCAGCAAUAACGCCGAGACACCACCUUGAUAUCCCAGCCAAGGCCACAUGUACACACCCACCUAAUUAUUGUAAUAUUUGUCAUUAAACACUAAUAUAUUUGGAGAAAGGGUGUGACACGCACGCACACACACAUGCGCGCGCGCACACAUACUGUCUCCUGUCUUACUCAUAGUCAUUGUUGCUUAUUAUAGAGAGCUUUUCAGCUUUUGUAUUGGUUCCAAAUGCUGUAAUGUGUGUUUGAGUGUGUAUGUGCGUGCGCAGAGAUUUCUCACUACUCAUAACAUCCCUCUAAGUAUCCUUACACACGUCAUCCGUUUUCUCACAGCGCCCCUAUGUUUUAGGACAUUGUGUUUUCCUGUCACUGUUCCUUUUUUAAGCAUGUAGGACACACCGCGUGGGACUUGCACGCAGAGAGGGGAAAAAAAAAAAACAAUAGGGUGAGGGAUGAACUUGUAGCCUAUUGGCUUAGUUUUCGGAGAUUCUUGCAUGCAAGCGUAAUAAUGAGUCGAUUGAAAGUAAGUGGUGGAUUUCAGGGCUGCAAGCACAGUCUUGUCUUCACUCCAUACCACAGAACACUAAUUACCAUCGGCUCUGAAAGAUUUACGCUUGCGGGAGAGGUCCUGUUUCUCCAAAAUCUCUUGCUGUUAAUGAGGGCUUUGUUGGAACUGUUGCUGGAAAUGGUCAGACUUCACUUCAUGUCUGUGAACAAGACGGUUAUUACAGCGAACACAAGAGCCACCUCGUUGGGUUUACAUUACCAUUAUAGUAAGAAUGGUGUGUGUGUGUGUGUGUAAUUAAAAUAAAUAUAUAUGGAUGCUUAUAAUGGGUAUGUAAAGUAGGGACACGCAAUAUGACAACAAUGUCAUGAUGGAUGUCUCAAUCCACCAUUUUCUAUUUCUCAGUAUUAACCGUAUCUGAGGACAUGGGUCCUCAUUGCCCUAUGUAUCCAAUUCAGCUCCUUCCAAGCUUCUGUUGCACGGGUUAUCCACGUCAUAAAAUAUGUUUGCAGCUCAGAUCAGAAAUAACAUUAAAUCUGAUCCAGUAUCGGAUCGGAUCCUGAGGCUCAGUGUGUCGAUACUGAUCGAAUCACUUGAAGAUUUCAGACGUCGUGAUACGUCAGUGUUUGGUUUGCUGAGGAACAAAUGGAACACAAGCAGGGAGACACCGACAGAGAGAUGGAGACAUACUGGCAGACAGAGACAGUGAGGGAGAGACGCAUGAGAUUUAGACAGAAUCAAAAGAGACACAGACAAACAAGGAAGACACAAAGGGUGGACACUUCAAUAUCCAAUCAACUACUCUGUGGAACAAUAGAGUCGAUCAGUACUACGCUUUCCUGAGAGUAUGAUGUGCAUCACGGCAUGGUUUAUCAUGUGCUCAAAUCAUUUCAUUCACAGGACACUCAGCCUGUGUGUCGCGACAGCAGGUAAAUACCGUCUCGCGUUCGAAUCGCUGGUAAAAGCAUGCGUUUACAUAUGAAAAUCUGGCCUUUUUAUCAGUUUUAUUUCUUUUUAAUGGGAGUAUAAGCUUCACAGUAUGCGAUUCAAUUCUGGGGAAAUAUUUAAUCAGAUGUCCAGUAGGACAGUUUACAGCAUGCGGUGUUGGGUGUGAUUGAAGUAUGUGUGUGGUUUUUUUUUUUUUUAAUUAUUAUUAUUUAAAAUUAUAUAAUUGAAUUAAUAGAAACAGUGCUGCUGAAUGCUACAGUAAGUAAAAGAUCCAAUCUGGAGACUAAUCAUUAUGUCCUCCUCGUUAUGGGCUUUUUUUUUUUUUUUCUUCUUCUUUUCUUUUCCCCCUAAUAGUCUUGUAAUAUAUUCCUAAAGUCACCCUUUGGCUGAUUAGUGCUUAGGAGUAAAGUCUGUCUGCUGAUAUUUGUGUGCAGUCCAGCCCUUGACAGUGAGUUUCAUUGCCUGCCUCUAUUUUAAAUGGCAACUAAAUUUGCCACAGGCAGGAUUCUGUCAUGUCAGCUUGAGCACUGAUGCCUAAAUGUAGAUGAGGAUCCGUUUUGCCUGUUAGCAGAUGGUGUAGAUACUGAUUUCAGAUCAGUUGUUUUGUAUCAGCCUCCAGCUGUGAUGUCGGGAUCGAUUAGGGUUUGAGUCGAGUAACUGGGCCAUGCAGUUUCUCCAGAGGACCAAGAGCAGGCGCCAAAGUUCUAUUGAAACGGAGCGAGCAGAAAACUGCUGCAGCACUGAAAGUUAUCAAUUAUAAUAAUUUCUUCCCCGUUAUUAGCUGGUUUGACGUGCAACUCGGACUGUUUGGGAUCAAUCCAAACUUUUUUUUUUUAAUGCUAAAACUCUAAUAAUUGUCCGCUUUCAUCCACCUAAUGUGAACGUAUCGCUCGAAUCAACAGCCAAGUUAUUGUACAUAUUGAUUACUUGGUGUGUGUUCAUAAUUUAAAUCUGUACUGGAAUUUAUUUUACGGUUAAAGAGGCUGCAAAAAGUUUGCUCUAAUGUAUAUUAUUAUUAUUAUUAUUUUAUGCAUCUGAGGGCAGUUUAAUAUUAGCACCUCAGCUGGAUACUACUGGGGGGGGGGGGGGAUGUAAAUAUUGCAAUACUUUUGACUGUACAGAAUGAGCUUGCUUGCCUUACUCUAAUAGUGUCGUUCCCC